GCACCUGGCAUCUGUGAUCAUGACUGUCCCCCGCAAGCGCCAAUUCGUAGUUUGCAAAGCGAAAAGGAUCGUUCUCACCAUACAAUGCCGUCGACACGCACUCUCCUCCAGGCUCUCCUACUUGGAGUAGGAAGCUGUGCCGCCAAUCCACUCGUUGCAUCCAACUCCGGCCCGGAAGUCGAGACCCGGACCCUGGAAGAGAUUCAUCAAGCAGCUCUCAAGGAGGGCGGCAUCGUGACAUUAUGGCAUGGCGGAGAUGAGACUACCCAGCAGAACACGCUGAAGCAAGCUUUCGAAGCACGCUUCCCUGGCAUGACCCUCAAUUCUACGGUCGAUCUGUCCAAGUACCACGACGCCGCCUUGGACGAGCAACUCGCCAACAACAACGUCUACGUUGAUUCGAUCAUCCUCCAGACGGUUCAAGACUACCCUCGUUGGAAUGAGGAAGGGGCUCUUCUGCAGUACGCUCCUCUCGGCUUCAACGAGGUAGCUCCGGCCUACAAGGACUCUCUCGGCGCGACUUACUACGGCGUGGCCAUCAAUGGCUGGAAGUUCAUUGUGAACACGAACAAGUCCAACGUUGCGCUUAACGAGUGGGAAGACUUCCUGAAUCCGGAGUUGAAGGACAAGCUUGUUCUUACCUAUCCGAAUGACGACGAUGCCGUGUUGUGGGCUUUCGACCUCAUCCUCGAGCGCUACGGCACUGGCUUCUUCGACCGCCUCCUCGCGCAGAACCCUCGCUGGGUCCGCGGCACGGCGACACCCUCCACCAUCCUCCGGCAGGCAAACUCCACCUAUGCCGCCACCUUCACCUCGGGGGGCGGAUUCGUGUCUUCCAACGGAGUCAACUUCACGCUUCCGACCCAGGGCCCCUUCGUCACCUGGGCCCAGACCGCCGCCAUCCUCAAAGACGCCCCGCACCCCGAGGGCGCGAAGCUCCUGCACGGCUUUCUCCUCAGCACCGAGUGGCAGCAGCCCAGGGGCUGGUCGGUGCGGCGCGAUGUGCCGCUUCCGGCUAACUUCCCCUUUGGCGAGCUCGACGACAACAAGAACACAAACGCUGGGGCUUUUAUGCCGUUCAUGGUGGACAGGGCAAGGGUUGGCCGGCUGAAGGACUGGCUCGAGAGCAAGAUCGGCACCCCGCAAGGACUCUCCCCUCUCAAGGACGGGAUCUAAUCGGUAAUAAUUAGAUCGUAUUCCGAACCGGGCCAGUGGGGGGUUCUUUAGGUAGGAGGGCUGCGUAAAUAAGGUCACAUAAUCGGGCCAGGAACUCGGGCAGAUGAGCAAAGGAGGGAGCAGCUGGGUAUAUUAGGAAGUCAUUGCCAUAGAACCCGGUGCGAGAAUACUCGACAAAACUUUGGGGUCCGAGCUAGUACGAUCCGUAUCGUUUGGGUGUUUUGUUCAUCAUGUGAAAGAGCAGCUUUCUCGAAAGACUCACAAGUGCUACAGUUACUGGCCACCUUUGAUAAGAGGUGCUUCAAUGAGCGUGAGGAUAGUGUGGGAUGCCUU